CCCUCACCGUCACCCACCCCCCAUCCCCUCCCUAUAUAAAAGCCUUCCCUCCUCCCUUCUUUCCUUUCUCAGCUUGGACGUUUUCUUUUGCCAAGAGAACUACAAGCUUUUUAGGGCCCCAAGUCUUUUACAUUUGUUUCAUUUUAGUCCCUUUUUUUUUUUUUCAUUCUUUACAAUUAAUCCGAACGAAUAAAGAGCUAGCAAUCCGUUCCCUCUUUCGUCGUCGUCGGGUAUGAAUCUCAAGUCCAUAAUUCCGCCGGGUCUCACCCUGACUCACCGGGUCAGCUCGACCCGACUCGUUAUCCAGGCUGUCCACCGUUUCGACUCGGCCAGCACUCACACGAGUGUGAACACUAGUACGAACGGCUCGGCAGCUGCCGCUCCAGCGCCGAAUGCUAGCACUGGGAAAUUGAGCUUGAACGUCUCAGGCCAUGUCGGCGCGAACCGAGCCGACUGGCAAAGCUCUUGCGCAAUUUUAGCCAGCAAGGUCGUCUCUCAACAGCAGGAUACCGAGACAAGUGGCUGUACCGGUGGAAAAAUCACCACCGUCAACGGCCACAAGGCUAGUCUAGAUCUGGUUCCGAUAGACAAUCUGCCCAAGCCACUCUCCAUCGCAGACCUCUCUCCAGCUCCGAUGCACGGCUCGAAGCUCCGCGUCGCCUACCAAGGCGUUCCCGGAGCUUUCAGCGAAGCUGCCGCCGGCAAAGCUUAUCCGAACUGCGAAGCCAUCCCUUGCGACCAAUUCGAAGUUGCAUUCCAAGCUGUCGAGCUGUGGAUCGCUGACAGAGCAGUUCUCCCGGUAGAAAACUCCCUCGGCGGUUCUAUUCACCGGAACUACGACCUCCUCCUCCGCCACCGUCUACACAUCGUCGGCGAAGUCCAACUCCCAGUCCACCACUGCCUGUUAGCUCUCCCAGGCGUCCGGAAAGAGUAUCUCAGCCGCGUUAUCAGCCAUCCGCAAGCCCUAGCCCAGUGCGAACACACGCUCACCAAAAUGGGCCUAAACGUGACCCGAGAAGCCGUCGACGAUACCGCGGGAGCUGCAGAAUUCGUCGCGGCAAAUAACCUCCGCGACACGGCGGCGAUUGCCUCAGCACGCGCCGCCGAGCUGUACGGCCUAAGCAUCCUAGAAGACGGCAUUCAGGACGAUUCCAGUAACGUCACCAGAUUCGUCAUGCUAGCCAGAGAGCCGAUAAUCCCACGAACGGAUCGGCCGUUCAAGACGAGCAUUGUCUUCGCUCACGACAAAGGGACCAGCGUGUUGUUCAAGGUUUUGUCGGCCUUCGCAUUUCGGAACAUUAGCUUGACGAAGAUCGAGUCGCGGCCGCACCGGAAUCGGCCGAUACGACUGGUGGACGACGCCAACGUCGGAACGGCCAAGCACUUCGAGUACAUGUUCUACGUGGAUUUCGAGGCGUCCAUGGCGGAAGUCAGGGCUCAAAACGCAUUGGCGGAGGUUCAAGAGUUCACGUCUUUCUUGAGGGUUCUGGGAAGUUAUCCCAUGGAUAUGACGCCUUGGUGCCCUUCCAGAGGAGAAUAAAACCCGAAUCAAUCGGAAUCGGAAUCGGAAUCAUUUUCUCGUUUUUCAUUUAUCAAUAAUUAUUUGGAAAAAAAAAAAAGAGAAAGGAAGGAAGGAGGAGAAAACUGAAAAAUGGAAAAUGGGGUCGUUUGAUUUAAGAAUUCAAAGAAUUGAAUUGAGUUCUCUUCUCAAUAAUUUCCUUUUUCUUUACUUUUUUUUUUGGGUUUAUGAUUUUUUUAAAUGUUUGGUCAUCAAGAAAAUGUUGGUAAAUAUGUGGGAAAUUGUGUGUAAGAAUUGUGAAUAUAUUGUCACAUCCUCAAAACCCUGUGAAUGCUUGAAAAAUUGUUGAACGGAGGAAUGACAAUUAUGAUGGAAAGCAAAUUAAUUAUUUGUUGAAUUAA